CCUGGCUCUGAUAAUGUCCGUCAUGUAAUGGACGAAAGCUCAUCACCUUUUCCCCGGAAUCGUAGAAGAUUGCCACGGAAACAACGUCAGCAUGAAUGUUGCAGUAAAGCUAAUCGACAGCUGGUCAAGAAGAAUCCGCCGUCGUCUUCUGCUGGAACCGAGCUUCGAAUCUCUUCACGCAAUACUUUCACUCGAAAUGGAAGUAAGCUCAAAAGCUAUUAUUAUUCCGGCCAGAGUGGACUGCGUCUCAGCAGCCUCCCCAGCGGGACUCGAACCACGUUUGAAGCGAAGGUGAAGGAAAGCCUCAAAACCAGUGGGGAUUUAUUCAUUAAAACAAGUCCUCUAAAACUGGAUGUCGCGUUGUCACAGGUGGAUGUUAGCUUAAAAACCAGAUUUUCGUCGCAUUGCAUGGGAAAUUCGGCUCUUCGGACUCGAGGAGACGAAUUGCUUUGUCGUGAGUUUGACCCAAAUGAUCUAACUUGUCAGAGCAUUUCUCCCUAA